AUGAGUAUCUCGUUUGAUGUCUUUCGAGGUUCCCAAGACGGGAAAAUAGUGGCUGAUAAGACAACACGUUUCCUGCAGCCUAACGAAGCUUAUGUCGAAAUAACACAUUCUGGGCUAUGUGGUUCAGACGAGCACUUCUUGAAGUCCGGAAAUGCACUAGGGCACGAGGGCGUGGGAAUCGUCCGACAGUUAGGCAAGGACGUGAAGAACUUGAAACUGGGAGACCGUGUUGGAUUUGGUCUUAUCCACUAUGUAUGUGGAAACUGUGAGCCAUGCUUGACUGGAUGGGACCAAUAUUGCGAGCACAAGAGGCAGUACGGCACUCACGAUCUUGACCUUGGCUCAUUCGGCGAAGGUACUGUUUGGGACUCUAGGUGCUUAGUUCCUAUCCCAGACGGGUACGACUCUGCCGAUGCUGCUCCCCUCAUGUGUGCCGGGGCUACAGUCUGGACUGUCUUGACUGAGUAUGGUAUACGGCCUACGGAUCGUAUUGGUAUUAUGGGGUUAGGAGGUUUGGGCCAUUUGGCCAUCAAGCUCGCUGCGGCAAUGGGCUGCCAUGUCGUGGCCAUCUCCAGAUCGGAUGCUAAGCGUGCGGAGGCAUUACGGUUCGGAGCUUCUGAAUACUACAUCUUUCAACCGGGUGAGGAGCUCAACUUCAAACCUGUGAAGCAUCUGUUGCUUUGUGGAAAUGGUGGUGUUGAUUACGCGUCGUUAGUGUCUCCACGUUUCAUUAACCAGCGGUCUCUCACAAGCUAA